UAUAUAUAUAUAUAUAUAUAUAUGUUACCUCUCCUACACAGGAGCCAUUACUCCCGUGUGCCUCCCCCUCCGACUCUUUAGUACCUCUGUGAACAGAGGAGCCAUUACUCCCGCUUCUCUCCCUCUCUCUCUCUUCUAAUCUCCUUCUUUUGAUGCUCCGAGGUGUGUUCUCCAUCGUUGGGAUAUCUACAAUGAGGGGGAGGAAGAGGAAGCUCUCCUCCUUGCUUGGAUCUUUUCUUCUGCUUCAGAUGGGCCUGGUCAUGGCGCAGAGCACCAGCAAAUCUCCUUGGAAAACCCUAAGCGGUAAUCCUCCGGCUAUAAUAGCCAGGGGCGGCUUUUCGGGAAUAUUUCCUGAUUCCAGUUAUGCCGCAUAUCGUUUUGUAUACUCUGCUAGCUCAGAGGAUACAGUUCUGUGGUGUGAUGUGCAAUUAACAAAGGACGGCAUUGGAAUCUGUCUACCGGAUGUUAUAUUAGACAAUUGCACUAAUAUCGCAGAUGUUUAUCCCAGUGGAAUGACAAAUUACGUUGUUAAUGGUGCGCCGAUGAGAGGGUGGUUUUCUGUGGACUAUAAUAGCUCUGAAAUUUCUGAGCUUUCUUUGACGCAAGCUAUAUAUUCUCGCACGGAAAGAUUUGAUGCUAGCAAUUAUGCUAUACUACGUGUCACUGAUGUGGUAUCGCAGAUUAAGCCCCCUGCUAUUUGGCUGAAUGUACAGCAUGAUAUUUUCUACAAAGAACACAAUCUUAGCAUGAGGAACUUUAUUAUUUCGGUAUCGAAGCAAGUUGUUGUAAACUAUGUCUCCUCACCUGAGGUGGGUUUUCUCAAAAGUAUAGCUCCAAGAGUUAGCAGCAAGACAAAGCUCAUUUUCCGAUUUCUUGAUGAAACCUUACAUGAUCCUUCGACGAACCAAACUUAUAACUCACUGUUGAGAAACCUUACAUUUGUCAAGACCUUUGCUUCCGGAAUUCUUGUUCCUAAAAACUAUAUUUGGCCGGUAUCUCCUGAUAAUUACCUAUUACCACCCAACACGUCGGUCGUGACUGAUGCCCAUAAAGCAGGGCUGGAAAUUUAUGCUGCAGAUUUUGCAAAUGACAACCUUUUUAGCUACAAUUACAGUUUUGAUCCAUUAGCGGAAUACCUUUCUUUCAUCGAUAAUGGUGAAUUCUCUGUUGAUGGUGUGGUGUCGGACUUCCCUAUUACUCCAUCAGAGGCCAUUGGUUGCUUUUUCCAUUUGAACAAAAGUAGCACAGAUCAUGGAAAGCCAGUGAUUAUUUCGCAUUAUGGUGCUAGUGGAGACUAUCCCGACUGUACUGAUCUGGCUUAUCAAAAUGCAGUUAGCGAUGGUGCUGAUAUCAUAGAUUGUCCCGUUCAAGUAACUCAGGAUAGUAUCCUGAUAUGCAUGAGUUCCAUUAAUUUAAUGGAUGAUACCAAUGUUGCAAAUACGCAGUUCAGAUCUCGUGUUUCUGUUGUCCCUCAAAUUCAAAGUACUCCUGGAAUUUUUACCUUUAAUCUCACAUGGGAUGAGAUUCAAAAUAACAUACAACCUGUAAUAUCAAGUCCUGAAAGCAACUUCAAACUGACAAGAAACCCAAGAUACAAAACUGCUGGAAAUUUUAUGAAGCUAGCUGAUUUCUUGGCCUUUGCAAAAGACAAGGAUUUAUCUGGAAUUUUGAUUAGCGUACAGUAUGCUGCAUUUAUGGCAGAGAACUUAGGGUUCAGUGCAACAGAUGCCAUAAUCACUGCCCUAAGCGAAGCCGGUUACAACAAACAGACUACUGCCUUGGAUGUUAUGAUUCAAUCUAUCGACAGCUCUGUUCUCGUCAACUUCAAGCAAAAAACCAAGUACAAGCUCGUUUACAUGAUAGAUGAAUAUGUCAGUGAUGCUCUCCCUUCCUCACUUGCCGAUAUUAAAACAUUUGCUGAUGCCGUGGCAGUACACAAGGGAUCGAUUUAUGCCGUCGAUGAGUACUUCAUUACCAACCAAACCAAUCUUGUUGAGCACUUGAAGGCUGCUGGCUUGCUGGUUUAUGUUUAUGUGCUAAGAAAUGAGUUUACCUCCCAACCAUGGGACUUUUUUGCAGAUGCCACUGUGGAGAUAAAUUCAUAUGUUGCCGGAGUUGGGGUGGAUGGCCUCAUCACGGAUUUCCCUGCAACAGCUAGAAGAUAUAAAAGAAAUUCUUGUUUUAAUUUGGGGAACAACACACCAGUCUAUAUGGAAACUAUUCAAGCCGGUGGGCUUUUACAGCUCAUCAUUCCACCAGCACGGCCUCCAAUGCCGGCGUUGAACGUCUCUGAUGUGGUGGAGCCGCCUCUGCCUCCCGUUGCAUUGAAGCCGCCACCAGCUUCCCCGGCCAACAGUCCACAUUCAGCUGCUGCACGAAGAACCACUGCCUCGGUUUUUGCAUUGCUUCUUGUUAUGCUCUCUACAUUUCUCCUCGUCUGAGCACCGUCUUGCAUUUGUGGUUGAUAAAUUAGUCAGGCUGCAAGUAUUGUUUGGGAGCUUGUAAUCCUGUUAUUGUAAGGCUUCUAUUUUGUAGUAAUAUGAUUGUUAUUAUUAUUGUAGCUCUCUUGGAGUUGUUCGAUUUGUUUUGUUUUGCUGCGGGCACCAGCUAUCUGUAAAUAACAUUCUUAUCAUCGGAAUUCAUCAGUUAGAAACGAGUUGUAAUAUGAUGAGUACAAGGGUGGUGUAGCAGGAUGACACCUAGUUUGAUGAUUUUUCUGAUGCCCAAGUACAGGUCUAACAAGUACCUAAUUACUCUUACGCAUGGCGUCUCCUGAUUGAGGAUGUAAUGUUUUUUUUUUUUUUUUUUUUUUUUUUUGGGGUCAGUUUUUCAGUAUUUUCGAUUUGAGAAAACAUGUACAUCCGUUUGGUGAACGAGAAGGGCUUUAUAGCCAAAGUACCCAUGCAAAUAUGUCAAAUUGUGAAAGUAUUCUUUGAAAGGC